AAAUAGAAAAGUGGGUAGGCUAUUGGACUACAUACCCUAAGCCCCCUGUUUAUAUAGGGAUAUAUAGUAUAUUUCACUAGUGCAGGUUUCCUGACACAGAUGGCAUUUAGAGUCAGUUGGUUGCAGCCCUUCUGCUUGGAAGGAGGGGAAAGGUACAUUAUGUCAACUUUUUAAAAUGAAAUUCCCAACUCUGUCCCCUAUCAGCCCUUUCACUUUUGGUUGAGUUGUCAACUAACAAAAAUAUUCACUAUGUCAUUGUCAUUUAGGUUAAACGUUGGGUGGGAAAAAGACUAAAUGCCCUCAGUUUUCCAAUUAGUUUCCCACGUUGAUUAAACAUUGUCAUGUAGAUUUUGCGGGUUGAAAUCACGUGGGAACUACGUUGGUUCAACCCGUUUUUGACCAACCUGUAGUUGAAUCAGGAGUUGUUCAAGCCAAGUUAUGUCGCUGCCUUUAUCUGUUGUUACGCCAUUGCCAAAAAAAAUGACUUCAUCCCUGAAUUUAUAGCCUACUGUAGCUAGCCAGGAGAUUUCCGUGAACAAAGCAGCCAAUCGUGUCGAUGUACAUACACUUCAGAGCACACGCGGCAACUCGAUGCUUCCUGUUCAAUUUGUCAGUGCAUUGAAAGACAGAUACAUUAAUCCAUGGCAGAGCAACAAGCAAGAUAAAAUAAAGUUGUAUUAUUAUAGUCGACUGGUUUCUGUUCCUACUAUCAGAUGGCGGUGGAAACUGUUCAUCAAGAGGAUGUGCUAAAUGUGAUAUUGUGCCGAACCAGCGCAGGCGGGUGUCUUCAGGGUACUUACAAGAGAACAGAGCUACAGGUGUCAAUCAAGGUCCUCUCAUCUCGCACUGCAGGUGGAAGUAAGUGGACUGAGUGGAUGAGAGAUGUGGCUGUGGUCAGACAAGUCCAUUCAGAGCGGGUUUUGGUUCCUCUGGGUGUGUACGAGGCCUGGUGUCUGAUGGGCCUGCUCUAUGACUGGAUGCCUGAGGGCUCUCUACACUCUCUACUAUACCAGACCCAGCUGUAUCCAGGUCUACCCAUGAGUUUCAGGCUAGGCAUCCUAUUAGAUGUGGCAGAGGGGUUGUGCCACCUCCACUGCAUACCACUCCCCCACCAGGCCCUGAAACCCACCAAUGUUCUCCUGGACCAGCAGUACCGGGCCAAGGUGAGUGACUGGGGCCUGCCCAGGGAGUGGAGGGUUGGCUACUCUCUCUCUGCUGGAGGGGGUCCCUGCUUCAGGGACUUGGUGUACCUGUCUCCUGAGGCCCUGACUGGCACCACACCCACUGUGGAGGCAGACAUGUACAGCUUUGGUGUGUUGCUGUGGGAGACGUUGAACAGAAGACCACCAUGUGAAGAUUUGCUCCAGCUGCUUUCAGGUGGUGAUAGGAUUGGUUCAGGCCUGAAGGAUGAGCUGCUACCCAAUCAUGUACCCCACUGCCAUACCCUCUCUCAGCUGAUGACCAACUGCUGGAGCACUAACCCACACAGCCGUCCAACAGCAGAGGACUGUGCACUGGAACUGAGGAGCGUCAUAGCAACCUUUGAUCCCGAUGCCAUGACAAGGGCUACCCUCAGGGUGAGGGAAAGCAAGGAGAGGGCGCUACAUGACUCUAAAAUACAUCCUGUGAAGGACAUUCCCAUUGAGAUAAACAACCUAGAAGCCUGCGCUGGUUCCAGAGACACUAAAUGUGUGGGCAACAAGACACUGCCCUUUCCACAGACUUCCUGUCCUAGUGAAACACUCUCUAAUCCCACUACAGCCAUAUAUACAGGGGAAGCACCCCAGAGGAAGCACUGUCAGGACUGUGUGUCUGGCUCUGUGGUGUCUUCCACCAGUCCCAGAUGUCCCAGCAUCGGACCGGGUCCUGAGCAUUCCAGAGGGACAGGAGGCGUCUCCCAGGGACAGAGACACAGCCCACCACCCCCACUCUCCUCCAGUCCCUCCAAAGCCCUCAGACAGAGCCCUCUCAACCAGCCCACUGCCAGCUCCCAUGCUGCACGGUGUGUGUGUGCGACUCCGGUGGCAGUGAGCUAUUGUCGUAUGCUGCGCGAGAGACGUGAAGGCAUCAUUCGAGGCAUGACGGAGGGACGACUCAACAACCUGCUGGAUGUGCUCAUCUCACGGCGAGCCCUUCCCCCAGAGGCCUUUGAGGUCAUCUCUGCCUCUCUGACACUGACCUCUCGCACACGCUCCCUACUGGACACCUGUGCCUGUCAGGGGGAACAUGCAGCUUCCCUGGUAGCUACCACCCUCGGUCUGAUAUCCAUUGCCACCAAUCGUGGCCCUCCACAGAUGCCUCACUGAAGGUGGAUGGAUGGUUAUUAGAAUGGGGGGUUGUGUAGUGAAGGGUCCCUAACCAAAUGUAUCUGUUCACGGUUUAUCAUGUCAUACUGUAUCUCAGAGAGUGUCAAUUGAGACUGGAGCCUUGGAAUGAAGAGCUGAGUAACCCUAACCAAAUCUAUUCUAUACUCACUCAGGUCUAAUACAGACCACGGUCAGUCAGAGUGAAUAUCAAUUGGAGAACCUGAGAUUCCUAAUUUCAUCAGAACAGCUGCAAUGACUCAUCUAUAUCCAUAGAGAUCCAUGUUGGGGACACACCUGUCCAUGCCUUUGAUAAGUCUGAGUAUUCAAUCAGAGUGGUGCUACCUCUGAAGUUGAUGUCAAUCAAACGUUUGAUUAGAGGAAGCUUCUGUGACAGUCAAAUGAUAGAAACAAUCGUGUUGGAGAGAAACCAAUGAAAGUGAAUAGCUGUGUGGAUGAUUCAUCUGCUUUGAUCAUGUUUAUGACCCAUCACUAGCGAUAAUGAGUGUUAACUAUGUGUUGAGGGACUACUGAGCUAGCACACAGAACACAGUUUGUUCUAUAUUAUAUGCUACAUUUAUUGUGUUGUGUUGUGACUUUUGACCCUCUCUCUGCUCUGUGGGUUAUUGUGUGGUGCCACAAUGUUGCUCGUCUUUUGACAGCCUGUUUGUAAAGUACAUAUUGUAUGAAACUAUAUGUUCAAAAUAGUUUGGAUUGUCCUGUUCAGCACUUUCUGACUUGGUAUCUUGAAACAAGAUUAUUAUUUGUUGGUUUAUCAGAUAAAAUAACUGAACUUGAGUCUCAUUUUAUGACACUUUUGUUGGUUAUUUGUGUUUGUAAACCUGUUAAAUCCUUGAACCUAUAGGUCAUUGUCACAUUCCCCUGAGGGUACCUUUUGAUUUUGUUGCCCAUCUCGCCUUUUAACAGUGCAUGUCUAAUUGCAUGUCUGGUGUUCACACUGCACCACCGGCUUCACACAGUACCAAUUGUAACACAAGUAGAGUCUAAAGACGUUUAUGUACUAAAAGGGUAAAAAAAAAGGGGUCUUGUCCAAUGAGAGGCCCAGUGAAGUAUUGGCCAUAGUGUACAGAUUUUGUUGUUGUUGGUCUGUUUAACAUCAUGCUGAGAACAGAAGACAGUACUUUCCCCAAGCACUGUCUGUGAAUAGCCUAAUGAUUGGAAUAUUUGGAGUUGUAUAAUAAAGUAAAUUAAUAUAUAACGACA